AUGUUGAAUUGCGGUGUCGAGGAGGGGGCGCGGAGCCCCGUUUUCGGUGGGAGAGAUGGCACGUCGACGGAGCUGCCGUUGCCCGGCCUCCCCGUAUGUCGCACUAUCGCAGAAGCGCCCGGACCAUCAGCUGCGGAGGGUGCUGAAAGUAUACAGCUGCCUGAGGGCGCUUUAAUGGGAAUCAUUUUCAACUUGGAGCAAGAACGCGAAACAUAUCUGGAGGCGGUUGCCGUGUUGCAUAGACAGCUAUUGGAGGCACAGGAGCACUGCCAGCAGCUCUCCGACUCUCACGAGCAGAUAAGACGCAACCUCGAGGCUGAGGUGAGCGAGGGUUGGAAGGAGGCUGAGAUUUGGGAGGCAAGGUAUCGUUCAGUAGCGCAGGUCGCCAAACGUAACGGUGUGGAUCUGGCUGAUGUACAGCAGCCUGGGGACGCCAAAUUGUGCGCAUCUCGGGAAGUGAAGCCCACGAACCGCGCGAUAUCGUUGAACUCUGAAGCGUGCACGGUGGUUACGAUUAAGGACCUGCAUCAAGCAUCUACCCAAAAUAUCACUGCAGAGAGAGCUCUUGGAGCGCGGGUGCGUCCUGUGGAACGCUUGGUGUCCCCGCACGGUAUACAUGGGCGUGCAAAUACUGGCGUUGUAGUCAGGGCAACUCGUGGUUUAGAGUCGAGUCACAGCAUACUUGCGGAAGAAACUCAUGGCGGGGUGAAAGAUUCCAUUACAACCUGGGAAGCUACGUCCUCCUCCAUUUCCACCCGCGAUGUUGGUAAGAAAGGGGCGCAUGCGUCGUCAUGCACGGUGACUCUGCCGAAAAGUCGAGUGCUUGGCCACCGGAAGGAAUUUAGCAUAUUCCGUAAUUCUGGGGGUGAUGUUACGACCGAACGUUGCAAGCCGAGUCGACGUAACUUUUCGUCGAAUAACAGCAAGCGUUGCUGCGGCCCUAGUCCUGGUGGCGUACCGCGCUGUGGUGGUGAGGACGUGGAUCAACAACACCUUAAGUUCACCGAUCCUGCGACUACUAGGUACCAUGGCUGGGUUUAUUUACAGAGCCCUCGUACGUUGAGUGGACGGUUUGACCGGUCGUCGAUGGUGGUCCGCAAUGCCAACAUCGGGUCUACGCUGAGCUUGGUAUUUGAAGCAACGGACUUCUAA